AGCCAGAAGACACUUGCACGUCGAGGGGAGUACACACACGCACCUCCAAGCCCCUUUACCGAGAGAGAGAGAGAGAGAGAGAGCAUCUUCACCAUCAACACCAUCAUCACCGCCUUCAGAAUGUUGUCCCUCGUGCUUGUUCUAAGCUUCGCCGCUCUUCUUCUGCCCCAGAGCCAGGGCCACAUGUCACUUCAGGAGCCCCCCGCCCGAAAUGUCUUGUGGCGCAUGGGGUUCAGCCACCUCCCGCCCCAGCCCAACGACGACUACCUCAUCUGCGCCCAGAGACCCCGCGCGCCCUGCCCUCCGUGCGGUGACUCGGCCGAGGUGCCGCGCCCCCGCCCCUACGAAGGCGGCGGGAAGUACGCCACUGGCACCAUCGGCAGGAAAUAUACCAUGGGACAGAAAAUCAAAGUUCAGGUGAACGUUACCAAGAACCACGGUGGGACCCUCGAGUUCAAGCUCUGCCCACACAACAACCCUAACAAGCCCGUCGACCAGCGCUGCCUCGACCAGUACCCUCUGGAGGUCGUGGGCACUAGGUCUCGCUCGGUGCCCCUCUCUGCCCCUCACAACGCCCCUUACUACAGCCAGGAGAUGGUCAACGUGGAACUGAAGCUGCCGACCGGGAUCUCCUGCGACCAGUGUGUGCUGCAGAUGACCAACACGGCAGAGGAGUUCAAACCCAAGACGGUCAUGUUCCGGAACUGCGCGGACAUCGCCAUCGAGGGGAACGCCAAGACCAGCAUGGCAGCCGGCACCCCCGGGGCCCACCCGCCGCUGGAGAUUCACACCCGUGGGGGCUUCGGCGCGCCCUUACCCGAGCAGAAGCAGCACCGAUUCUUCGACUAAAUUAGCGGAACUUCACCUAAACUAGCGGAUCUUCCCCAAAACUAGUGGAUCUUUGCCUAAACAGGUGGAUCUUUACCUAAACUAGUGGAUCUUCCCCUAAACUUCACCAAAACUAGCGGAUCUUCCUCUAAACUAUCGGAUCUUCCCCAGAACUAGUGGAUCUUUACCUAAACAGGUGGAUCUUUACCUAAACUAGAAGAUCUUCCCCUAAACCUCUCCAAAACGAGCGGAUCUUCCCCUUAACUAGCGGACCUUCCCCAAACUUCACUUAAAUUAGCGGAUCUUCACUUAAACUUCAACUAAACCAGCGGAUCUCCCCCAAACUUCACCUAAAUUUGCGGAUCUUCCCUCAGACUUCGCCUAAACUAGCGGAAAUUCACCUGAACUUCACCUAAGCUAGUUGUGGAUCUUCACCUAAAGUUCGAAAGUUGGGUUUUGGCAGGGGAAAGUUGAUGUUUUGACGAAGGAAAGUUGAGUUUUGACUUGGUCGGUAUUCUAGUGGGACCCAUCCGCCUCUCCUCUCACUUCAACUCUCUUCAAAGGCCAAAAAAGGAGAUUAAUCGGGUUCUGAUGAGAGUUUUUCACGUUCAUGGUAUACAGGAGCUUUGCCACGCUACUGCCAGGGUCAUACAACUACCUAACCCGUGAAAAUCCCCACACUAUAACUCCUACGAAAGCCUUGUCAAAUGUGUGUGUGUGUGUUUGUUCAGGCAUAGAAAUGUUUGAUGAGUGUUUUUUUUACGUUAAUGGUAUACAGGAGCUUUGCCACGCUACCACCAGGGUCAUACAACUUCCUAACCCGUGAAAAUCCCCACACUAUAACUCCUACGAAAGCCUUGUCAAGUGUGUGUGUGUGUUUGUUCAGGCAUAGAAAUGUUUGAGAAAGGAGUUCCUAUGAGUGUUUUUUUUUACGUACAUGGUAUACAGAAGCUUUGUCACACUACCAUCAGGGUCAUAAAACUACCUAACCUCUGGAAAUGUCCCCACACCACAACUCCUACGAAAGCCUUGUCAAGUGUGUGUGUGUGUGUGUUUGUUUAGGCAUAUAAAUGUUUAAGAAAGGAGAUUAAUCGGGUUCUGACAUGUGUUUAUUUUACGUUCAUGGUAUACAGAAGCUUUGUCCCACUACCACCAGGGUCAUAAAACUACCUAACCUAUGGAAAUGUCCCCCAUCACAACUACGAAAACCUCAAAUGUGUGUGUGUGUGUGUGUGUGUGUGUGUGUGUGUGUGUGUGUGUGUGUGUGUGUGUGUGUUUCAGUGCCGAAAUGUCUUAAGAAUAUUGCCCAGAGUGUUUCCCUGGUCUUUGGUAUUUGGCUCUUGCCCGUCAGCCUUGAUAAAAAGUUUCUCCGCUGACACCAGACAAACAUGCAUCACUAAAAGAAUAAGAGGAGUCGAGAUCUCUUUCCCUCAAGGGCGCAAGAUUCUAACACGAGACGCCCAGCCCUAGCCAACACCUCUCACGCUUUCACAACCUUCCUUUCCUUCCUUAUAAGUCUUCUACAAUGGCUUGGCCCCUCUCAGCGGCCCAGUUAACCUUUAGAGAACAGGGAACGGCCUUUAGAUAUCUUGCUUGCGUUCUCUUAUUCUCCGAAGUAACACACACACACACACACACACACACACACACUGAUACUGAUGAGAGACGUGAAUGGAAAGCCUGCCUCGUGUGUGUGUGUGUGUGUGUGUGUGUGUGGUCAGGUGAUACUAUUGUCAUGAGCAGAAUAAUCUAGAGUGAGAGUUAAUGUCUUGGUAAGGGAAACAAAGAUUGAAAUUCCAUACACUGACACUCCUGGUAUGAACGUGAGAGUAUGUUGUUUGGUACCUGACUGACUGAUAUGCGUGGUAGUGAUGUAGUAGUAGAUGUAGUAGUAGUAGUAGUAGUAGCUAACUUAUUGAGGUCAGCUAUUUAUUGAGAGGAACAGUUACUUAACCAUGAAUAAAGAAAACACGUUGAAACUGACAGAGAGGAAUAUUAAGUUAAUCAAAAGGUAUCUAUACAUAUCUAUAUACAUUCCAUAUUUCUAAACCAUGCCCUCCUCUUUAUACCUUUUAUUUGUUUUCUUCCUUUAUUUAUACACCAAUCAUCAGGGUCUUUCACACCUGCUGCUAUACAGAGGGCAGCACCGCACUGAGGGACCGAUACAGUGCUGCUCUCUAGCGGGAAGCAGCUGUGAUAGACCCCUCCCCCCCCUUCAUUAUCGUAUCCAUGCAAUAUCUAGAACUCGCUGUAUAUUCAACCAACAGUAAUUGUGUAUGCGCAUAGCAAGUUCUACGGUAUUUUAAAGUGUAAGGAAAGUGAAUUAGUUGUCUCAUUCCUUUAGCUCCAUAUCAAACUCUUGCAUACAUUUCUUAUCGGUGUCUGAGCCAGAUAUAUCCUACAGUGUUUGAGUAUCCGUAUAGGAAGUUCUACGGUGUUUUAAAGUGUAAGGAAAGUGA